GCCUCAGGUCAACUGGUUAAUAAGGAUAAGUCUUGCUUUGUUGCGGGAAAGCAUAUCACAUUAGCUAGAACUCUUCAGUUGGAAAACAUCCUGGGAAUGAAGGUAUCUAGGAGUCCAAAUACACAAGGGAAUCACAAGGGUGGAUCAUUGUAAAGACCUCCUAGAAAUGUUUGACAAAAAGCAGCUCUCGGUUUGGAAUAAAAAGUGGUUGUCUCAAGGUGGCAGGCUGGUUUUAAUUAAGCAUGUGAUUAUUCUAUUCCCCUACAUACUCUGGCAGUUACUAGUAUUCCCAACUCAGUUCAAAAUAUGAUUAAGAAAAGGGUGGCUGACUUCUUUUGGGGAAGUAAAAAUCAUGUCCCUAAACACCAUUGGAUUAAAUUCAAGGAUAUUUGUAAGCCCAUUGAAUGUGGUGGUGUGGGUAUUAGAUCUAUAUGUGAUGUUCAAAAACUCACAGCUCUGAAACUCUGGUGGGAGUUCCUGCAAGGGAGUUCCAUGUGGGCAGACCUAAUGAGAAGUAGAUAUGGUAGGAGAGCCCCAGGGGAGGUCGAAAAUACUUAUUCUCAAGCUUGGAGAAGGAUCAGUUUCAUUUCAAAAGAGGCUGAUAAUAUGGUGGUUAGGGGCUCUCAGUCAGUUGUCUGGAAGCAUACUCCAGAUGGAAAGUUUACAACUCAAUCAGCCUACAAAGCUUUAUGGAAUCAAGGGGGCAGGACUUUAUCAACAAAUAGUAUACGGAACCCUAAACAGGUAUCAAAGAAAUUACUCAAUGAAGUUUUUGUUGAAAUUCAAGACUUUUUUCCAUUCUUUCCUUGAUCUUCUUGGAUGGAUAUCAUGGGAAAGGAAGUAUCCCACUUUAGUGAUGAGGUUCUUUUGGAUGGCUUGACAUGGGGAGAUGAAGGUGACAA